AUGGUAACGUAUGCUGGUAAACUGGUCUUGGCUCCGAUGGUACGUGCCGGGGAGCUUCCUACACGGUUGCUGGCACUGAAAUACGGAGCAGAUUUGGUUUGGUCACCAGAAAUUAUUGACAAGAAACUCAUACAGUGCCAGCGUGUCGACAACAAGAAGCUGCGUACGGUUGAUUUCGUAGCACCAGGCUCAAGCGAGAACAAACCCGCUAGUGUGGUUUUCAGAACUUUUCCAGAGAUCGAAGCCGGGAAAAUGAUUUUUCAGUUGGGCUCUUCCAAUCCUCAGCUGGCGGUGCAAGCUGCGCAAGUGGUAAUAAAAGACGUGGAUGGUAUUGAUUUGAACGCAGGCUGUCCGAAGCACUUUUCCAUACACUCGGGGAUGGGUGCAGCGCUUUUGAAGAACCCAGAUGUUCUGUGUUCCAUUUUGACUUCUUUAGUGGAACAGGUGGGUAAACCACAUCGGAAGCCCAUUAGCGUAAAAAUACGACUCCUAGAGGAUGAAGCUCUUACCGUGGAUCUUGUAAAGCGUCUGUGUGGGACUGGCAUCAGCAAUUUGACCGUUCAUUGCAGAACCACACCUAUGCGCAACAGGCAAGCACCCAUUCGAGACUAUAUACCUGCCAUCUUCAAUGUCUGUCAGGAGCACCAGGUGAGUCUGAUCAUCAACGGGGCCAUUCAAAAUCGGUCGCACUUCCUCCAAGUGCGAGAGCAAAUGGGAUUGUCGGACAAGGUCGGCGGCAUGAUGGCUGACUGCGCAGAAGCCAACCCUACCUCAUUCUCAUCGUCACCCCUGCCUUGGCACGGGGCUGUGCGGGCCUAUCUGUCUAUCGCGGACCGAUUUGACCAUAGUGUCAACAACUCGAAGUACAUGCUGACCCGAAUCGUGCCUGGGAAAUCCAAGUUUUAUCAGUAUUUUACACGCUGCAAAUCAAUGAAUGAAAUCAACCAUGUUGUUUCGCUUAUGAGUGAAGACGGUCAACCCUUGGGUGAUCCCACAGAAUAUUUGGUUGACUGCCGCGAACGUGAGAGAAUUGCCAAGAAACAAGCGGCAGACAAAAAGUCGCAGGAAUGUCAAGCUAAAGCUACCAUUACUCAAAAUUCUGACUCCGAUCGUAAACGUCCAGUCGACGCUGACUUAGAUGCUGACCAUAAGAAAAUUAAAAGUGCCUGA